GUAUUGUUUCCGCCAUCGAGAGCACACCCGGGAACCCUCAAAGCAACAUGUGAUAGGUGUGUCUGUUUUACUUGCCAGGGUCACACCUGUCGGGCGGUGCCGCGGAAGGGGAGUCACCCGAGCGCCGGGCGGCAGAGUCGGCAUCACUUGAUGACUACACGCAAUGGCGGCUGUUAAUGUAACAUGGCUCUGCUUUUGUGUGACGUUAAUUCGCGGAGUUAUUUCUUUGACUUUUCCAAUAAGUGAGGAUUGUUCGCGCAUGCUGGAGUUUACCGGAGUUCACUAGUCUCGUCCUGCUGGAAGUUGACUUUAUUUGUUCGAGCUCGUCUAUUCCGUGAGUGGCAAUAUGGCGCUGUCCCAGAUUCAGUGUCUGGACGACAACCACGUCAACUUGCGGACCAACGAGUCCAAGCCGGACUUCCUCUACAGCGAGGACCAGAGACUCGCAUUGGAGACUCUGCUCCAGGAGGGCCGGCAGGCCUUGGCCAAGUUCCUGCAGGACCGCCAAAUGCGGAGCUUCCUCUCGGACCUGGAGCUGGACGGUCUCACCGCGGCGCAGGAGCCCUAUAACCCGGGCUUGGACCUCUACCCGGAGGGCGCCGAGGAGGACGAGCCCCCGCUGUCGCUGCACUACUGGCCGGACUUGUCGGACAUGUCCAUCCCGCAGAUGGACUUGGGCUGGCCGCAGUCGGAGGGCUACCGCGGGGUGACGCGCACCUACGUGCACACGCAGCCGCCGAUGGAGGGUGACACGCACAUCAAGGAGAUUGUCAGGAGAAUGAUCGCGCAGGCGCAGAAGGUCAUUGCAGUGGUCAUGGACCUCUUCACCGACGUUGACAUCUUUCAAGAUCUGAUCGAUGCUGGUUACAAGAGGAAGGUUUCUAUCUAUAUCCUGUUGGAAAGCACAACAUUACCUCAUUUCCUGUCAAUGUGCCAAAGGGCCAACAUGCACGCGGGACACCUCAAGCACCUUCGGGUACGAUGCACAGAGGGGUCAGAGUUCAACACUCGGUCAUGCUCCAAAGUCAAAGGUCGACUUGGCCACAGAUUCAUGUUCAUCGAUGGAGACAAAGCUGUGUCGGGGUCAUUCAGUUUCACCUGGAUGUCUUCACGACUGGACACAAAUCUUGUCACCGUGAUUACGGGACAGGCAGUGGAGGCCUUUGAUCAUCUUUUUCUCAACCUUUAUAUGAGCUCCAGAUUUGUAGAUCUUCGGCAAGUCACCACAAACCCUGAGCCGGAGCCUGACCCUCUCCCACAGCCAGUCACUGUAACCCUUCCUUCCACGACUAUUGCAAGGAAAUUGUACAACCCAAAGUAUGCCUUACUGGUCGGGGAAAAUGCAAGUCCCUCCCCCUCUGCCGUCCAAAACAGCCCCAAAGAGUCACAGACACCGGAUGUCCCAGAUACCAAGAAGAGGCGACGAGGAAGGGGGAGUCAAGAACCUGGAGAAGUAGAGGAGUUCAUCCAUCCGGGACUUAUUGAUUUAGAGAAGGCUUGCUUGAUCAACUACCUGCCUACCUGGCCAGAGCCGGACCCCCCAAAAGAUGUAAUUGGGUUUAUAAACAUCAUGGAUACAAGCAAACCGACUCAAGUGCAUCUGCAACGCUCUGAGAGGUUUGAAACCAGUCAAGCGAUCCGGUUCAGCAGUCCUUUCAGCAAGCCCAAUGAAAUCCUGCCUGUGGUUGCAAAGCAAAGGGAAGCAUCUUUAAAAACUGAGGAGAAGACAAAUCCUGCAUCAUCACAAAAUAUAAUUAAAGCUGAACAGCCUGGGUAUGACACAGUACAAUUCAGGGAUCCCACCAGUACCAAAGCUGAGAAACUUCAAGUACUAUCAUAUGCAUUAACCAUACAAGAUGACGGUCAACCCACGAAACACACAGCCUCUCAAUUUAGCAACGUAGAACGCACUAAACAAACAAAUACUGACAGUUCUUAUACCGAAUACAGGGCACACGCGAUGGAAUCAAAUAAGACACAAGCCUCUCAAUUGAAAAGCUCUGUUGAUUUAAACUCAGGAACCAAACACCCGCAAACUAAGACAGCAAUGCCGCUCAUGCAAACUGUUCAUACCCAGCAAGAUCGCACUUCUGAAAGUUUCACAUCUUUAUCUGUCAAUAAUCCCGCUCCCACAACUGAUGCCUCUUUGUCCGCAAAAAGCACCUCCUCGACACGCUCUGCUCUUACCUCCCGCUUUGAAACCGUCCAACACCUCUUAUCCUUAUCCUCAAGCUCAACUCCUACAACCCUGACACCUCACACUGCGCAUUCAGUUACCAAAGCUGGCGACACCAGCGAUGGCCCGGUAAUGUCAAACACUGGUACGUCUAAGAUGCCUGACAGCCUGACUACAACGAAAGCAGCCGGCCCCAAGUCCACUGGAGAACACAGGCAACAGAUACCUGUAAUGCUAAAAAACAGUAAUAAAGAAACUGGAGUGCAAAAAUAUGACAAAAACAAAAAGAAUAAAGAAGCAGUAGGACUGCAUGAUGGCAAAGGAGGAACCCCAUGUGUCUCUGCGAACACAAAACAAAGCCAAUCAGAGGCCACUUUUGCACCAACUAAAGACGGUACUUCUGAUGAGCUGAAUUCUGUAGACGACGGAAGUGCAAAGCCACAGGCAGAUCAUGCAGCCACAGUAGAGACGAAGACCAGAGCAACAGCAAAACCGAUCACUCGUUCAAAGUCUGCAAACAUUGAGAAUGAAAAAAACGCUGACAAAAAAACUUACCAAGUAAGAGAGAACAAACCUCAAAGAAUAUCUUAUUCAGAAAAGCCUUCGCUGAGUAUGUGGGAGAGGAUUCAGGCACAGACACUUGAUACAUCCAGCAAAGAUGUCAAAUCCACAAAACUUCAUGAUAAUACAACACAUUCAAAAAAGAACGCCAGAGAAGCCUCCCAAGAUACUGCGCAGAAAAAAGAACUCUCUCAUGCAGCCGAAAAAUCCCCAAACUUACAUUUGCCAGAUGUCCGAUCAUCAGAGAGAGAAUCGUGGUCAACCCCGGACUCACCUGCUAAGACUCCAGACCUUCAAACCUCCACGUCAGAUAUGAGUGAUGGGUAUCUCUCAUCGAGAGAUGACUCCAAUCGGUCCACGACUUCUGAAGAGUAUCAGGAAUGUAGCGCCUCUCCAAACCAUGAAAGGAAGUUUGAAAAAGCAUCACACCAAAUCCCCGCUACAACAGAUACUCAUACCGAUAAAUCCCAAGCAAAUACUCCUAGUGUAGAUAACCCCAGUUUAUUGUUCAUAGACUAUAGCUCUGUGGUUGCUUUGUUUGGUACCAAAGACAAGCAUAUACCGAAAAAUGAAACUCAGGCCCUUGAUAAGAAAGUGAAAAAAUUGGACAAGGAGGAAGUGAGAAAUAAAGAUAGUGGUAUCCAAAAAAUGGAUGAAAAGGGAAGGACAUUUAGGUCUGAACGAGAUUCCAAAGGGAAGGACAGGAGGAAUGGUGAGGAGUCAAAGACAACUGGUUCACCGAAGACCGCUGCUGAAAAAACAAAGGAGACCCAAGCUCAAACUCCUAUAAGAAAGCGGGCGUUGAAUAUGUCGGCAACAGGGACACCAGUGCACAAGAACAAGAACUCAGAAGUCAAAACUGAGAAGGCAGGACCCAGCAAUGUGCAGAACAGAGAUGGCUUAGCCAGACAGGUUGAUGGUCAGAAGCCUAAAGCAACAGCCAAGCCCUCUCGUCUUGUCUCAACUCCAGUGGCCCAAGAAGAAAAGAAAGUCUCCCACAGCUCUUCACAGGUCUUUGACUAUUUAUCCUCUUUCCAUAAAGCCUCUUCGGAACAACCGCCUUCAUAAGCAGCUCAACGCGAGAAGAUUCUCCGGUAGAGCCGGACAGUUGCAUCACGUACAUGCGGCAGGAAAAGCCUAAACUUGCCUAAAUUCCCAACGUACCAAAAAAGCUAUUUACUGCACGGGAAAACAGACAUGACGGAAGUUUCUUUUUUUUUUUGUCAUCAUUGGCUGGUUGGACAACGAAAAACGCUUGAAGUACAAGACAAGCCAGAUGCCAGCGCCUCAGAACAAGAGUUCUGCAAUGAGUGUGAAUUCUACUUUCACACCACAAUUAGCUCUAGGCCCAGAUCCCUAAAGACGAUGAAACUGAAUACAGUGUCAUGUGCACUCCACCCUUCUACCUCCGUUUGACCACUUAGGAGGAGUUCAGUACAGAGAUUAACCUGCUUAUGUGUGGCUGUUCACAUGCUCAGACUGUCUGACAGGUUAAGCUAGACAGUUGAGGAACAAGAUGACACACCUAAGAGUCACUUUCAGUUGUACCAGACCCAAGAUCUAUUGUACUGAACACCAUUUUCACAAGGACAUUUAGUUGCCUUCUUGCUUCCUGCUGGGCAACACCCUUUCCAGAUGUUUGGGAGCUUCUUCAAGUGCCCAAAUAUCAUAUUUGUGAUAUCAAAUCAAUCCUGUAGUAGUUGGGAUUGGAUUUAUUUAGAGGUUUUGAUCAGAUAAUUAGAACAUACCUCUUCAUCAGUGUAUUCAACUGCAAUGCCCAAUUCAGUUGUUUGGUCAAAUCGAUCCUUUUAUAUAGUCGUUCACAUUACAAAAAAAAUAGAUUUUUAACGUGAGUGGAAUGGGUUUGAAUGGGAUAAUGACUAUGUUCACACUGCAGGGUAAGAUGUCCAAUUUUUAUUUUUUUUUGUUAAUUCCGAUCUCUUUAUUCAGUUGUUGAAAAAUGUGAUGUCUAAUGUGAACAUGACGUCAUGGCGUCACAUUUGCUGCAGUGUUUGUAAACAUAGCUUCAAUUCUAGUAGGUCUCAGUCCUGGCGUAUUUGUGGCAAUGUUAUGUUGUGCAAUCAAAGUCAACAUUUUCUUAACUGAAUUAUUGGGCAUAGAAGAUUAAGAAGAAAAAGGGCUAACAUUUUGGCCACAGUUUGUGGGGCAUUUCAAGGUCUGCUCCGAAGAGCGUGUGGGCGAACAUUGACGUGAGUUCCCAAAACAUGUUAUUUUCGCAUGUUUUCUACUUAUUUGUCAGCUACUUAUUUUGCAACCGACUAUUUUGGCAAAUAAUUAUGACGAAUAUUGCUAUUUGAUCAUAAAUUGGUUGGGUGACUGCAGACUGCAGUCGCGUUUGAUAUAUAUCUGAUUUAUAUCCACAUACGAAAAAAGCCUGGUUCGGAUUUGAAAAAGUCUGAAUUGCACUGUGUCCAUUGACAUGAAAAACUCAGAUAAAGGUCACAAAUGGGUAACAAAAUCCGGAAUUGAACAUUUUCUUAACCAAAUUAUUUUACAUAGUAGAUUAAGAAGAAAGAGGGAAAGAAUGUUGGCUUUCUCACUUUGUAGGGCAUUUGCUUCGAUAUCUGUUCAGAUGAUCAUGUGGGUGAGGAGUCGGAGCCAGAAGUUGUGGGACAUUGACGUGAAUUUUAAAACAUCUUCUUUGCAACUGUUAUCUGCUCGUUUGUUGCUUUUUUGAUGACGCAUGAGUCGGGUGGACGCGACGCAAGCGUUCAGACUGCAGUCACACCGGGUGCAUUUCGGAUUUAUCACCACAUACGCAAGAGGGUCGGAGUUGAAAAAAAUCGUAACUGUAUUGUCCACAUUGACAUGAAAAAAACAAAUCUGAAAUGGGGGAAAACAAAUCGGAAUGACCUACAAUGUGAACAACAUAGCCUUAGACUCCCUGGAUGGUGUAUCUCAGGUUGUGUUCACACUUGUUGCUCAGCCCUCUUAAGUAAAAGAAAGAUGGACAAUGCACGUGUUUGCUUGGCAUUCACCCUGGCAUUUUUAAUCAGCAGACCAAAAGUUGCCAAUCAAAAUGCCUAUGCAAAACGCUACAGACUGACUGGAUCAUAUUUCUGUGAUUAAAUCAAGCAUUUUUUAAAUUUGAAUGUCACGAUGUGCACCAGUACGUGUUUUAAAAACAUUGCUGUCAGCUGAUUAUUUUGUUCAAUCAGAUUACACUUCUGCAUUUUGUUCAGAGUGAAUUACUGCAUACAUUUAACUUCUAAAAAAAGCCCCCAAUAUUUUGACAAAAAAUGCAAUUUUAUUGUCAGAAUGUCGUACAGGAACAUUUUUGUAAAUGUUUUACUUGAAUACACGUCAUUUGCUAAUAGUUAUAUCUGAAGUACUGUGGGGGUGUAUUUUUAAAUUCUCCAUAGAGCACACCAGACUGACAUGCAUUGACCUGACAACUGACUGUAAAGCAACAUUUUCAAGUACCGUAUUUUUCGGACUAUAAGUCACAGUUUUUUUCAUAGUUUGACCGGGGUCCAGUGCAAUUUAUAUAUGUUUUUUUCCUUCUUUAUUAUGCAUUUUCGGCAGGUGCGACUUAUUCUCCGGUGCGACUUAUACUCCGAAAAAUACGGUAACUGCCCGCGGUUAAGGUAAUGUAUAUGCAGUCAAAAUAAACUGCACGAUUCAUCUGUGUUUACACAUGAUUAUUGCGAUAAUGUUUUGUGAUUGAUCGCAACUUUGACCGCCCUCGUUUUAACCAAAGCAAACAACAAGUGAGAACAUGUUAACAGCUCAUCUCACAGUUACAAUUUUACAACUCAUAAUAAGAAAAUGUAUUGCUCUAAAUGAUUACAUCAACCAGUGUCCCUAAACAAAUCUGAUAUUGUCCAUAAUAUAACCACUACAAUCAUGGGGAACUAAUUCAGGUGACUCUCAGCAGCCCUUGCGUGUGUAUUUGGACAUCUUAGUGUUUAUCAGCAUUUAAAUUAAUUUGUUGCAAAGAAAGCGUGAGAUUAUGUGACAAUUAUGAUACAAUGUAAAUAUGUAGUUAUGUUAACAUUUGCUAGCUGCUUCAUAAAGGUUUUUUUUCUAGGAGAAUAUGUUUUAGUACAGCUGUACAAAAAACAAGGUGGUUUAUUAUUCACAUUCCCUUUAAAGAAGACCACAAUGUGAAUGGGAAUUUUGAGAAAAUGUCUACUAGAUAUGAACGUGGUCAUGGCUACAAUAUCAAAACUCUUUGUUGUGGUGUUGUCCCCAAGUAGGGAUGGGUACGUUCACAUUUGAACCGAUAUGGUACCAAUUCCUGAUACCUGGGAACUCGACGAUACCCAUUUUCAGUACAUUUGUGUGUUAUUAAAAUAUAUAUAUUUUUGAUAAUUAAAUCAAAUUUUUCAUUGCAACAUUUAAAAAUGAGAUGAUUAUGAUAACUCUUUCUGAGUCUCAUUUAAAGUUGCAAGUCCAACACGUUAGAUGGCAGUAGUGUAUCGUUUAUGGUAUGUUGGCUAGUCAGUUCAGUCUUUGCUGUUGAGUCUUUUGUUGUGCCCUAAAAAGUGUUAAUACUGUAAGUAUUGUACUUUUUGCGAACCUGCUGUUUUUUUUUGUAACACGCAUCGGUGCCCGCUCGGGAUGGUGUCCUGCUAGCCCCACUAUGGACUGGACUCUUACUAUUAUGUUGGAUCCACUAUGGACUGGACUCUCACAAUAUUAUGUCAGAUCCACUCGACAUCCAUUGAAUUCGGUUUCCCCUAGAGGGGGGGGUUACCCACAUAUGCGGUCCUCUCCAAGGUUUCUCAUAGUCAUUCACAUCGACGUCCCACUGGGGUGAGUUUUUCUUUGCCCUUAUGUGGGCUUUGUACCGAGGAUGUCGUUGUGGCUUGUGCAGCCCUUUGAGACACUUGUGAUUUAGGGCUAUAUAAAUAAACAUUGAUUGAUUGAUUGAUAGUUGUAGUUUUCAUUAACCCAUUUGGAGGUGUUGAAAUCGCCAUGUAAAAUUGCUAAUGCUAAUCAGUAGCAUGACAAUAGUAAAGCCAAUGUAUAUUAGCAUCAAGCUAACGCAUUUUCUGAAAAGUGGAGCCAUACUUAACUAAAUGUUGGAGUGUUUUUUGAGUCAAUUUCUUAUUUGGCAUUGAAAAUUGCAACAUUACCUAAAGGUAGUUUUUCUCAGUCCGAUCUCAGUGCUGCUGGAGUGAUUGCCAAGUGCCAAAGUGCGAAGAGUAGACAACUCAGGUUCUGUAACAUAGCACCGUUGGAUUGUAUGUGACUUUGUACCUGUUGGACCGGCGGGAUUUGGUCGGUGCCAAAAAAGCACUGGAAUGGGUACAGAUCCUUAUCAUUGUGUUACACUUAUCUACGUCUCUCAUUAGAUCCAUAUACACACAGACCAAUUGUGACAUUAGUAACAGUUACAGAUCUCAAUCAAGUAGUCCUGUUUUUUUUAAGGAUUUAUUUAUUGUUCAGAAGUAAAUAUUUAAAUGGAGAACAUCCUUACAGGUAUAAACAGUUACAUUGUAUUUGUACAAGUUUGGCAAUAGGGCUCUCUUCCAUUUGACAUUCAUUGUGCAUUUUACAUUCAAAGUAUAUUUAAGUAGGGUCUGGUUUACAGAAUGUUCUGUUACUCUAUUAUUGCUGAAAUAUAUUGUUAUUGACAUGAUGUACAGUAAGUCAUUCAAAAAUAAAAGUUGCCAAUGUUUUUUCGUCCUUUGUACAAAAAGCCUAUUUAUAUUCAGAUUGUUCUUGACAGAAACAUCAAGCAUGAUUAUAAAGACACAUAAGCAGGAGCAUUUAAAGCUGUCCUAGUUUGGAAAGUGGGAAUAUGCACAGCCUCUGUUUGCAGGACAAAUAAACAUAUUGAAGACU